UCUAAUUAUAUGUUGUAUCAUUUUAAGUAGAAUUAAACAAAUUAUUAGAACAAUUAUAAGAGUUAGAUGAAAUAUUUUAAUUAAUAAGAUAUGUCAUUGGAUCGUAAAAAGAAUGUGGAUAAAAAUGUUUUUGCUGAUAAAAUUUCACAUCUUGCUAAGGAUCAAUCUUUAGACAAUCUUUCCUCAUCAAUAUUUGACAUUUUUAAAGAAGAUAAUAGUAAUUCAGGAGGUAUAUGUUUAGCAGAGCAGUCAAAUUGUUUAACAUCGACUUCUAGUAUUGUUGAUCCAUUUGAAAAUGAGAUUCAACUUGGAUAUAAAUCGCAAUCAUUGCCGUAUAUCAAACAAAAUGGAUCUACCCAAUCACGCAAAAAAACCACAGAAGCAAGUCCGUUAUUUGACCCAAUGCAACUUAAAAUGCAAAAAGAACUUUCACAACUUCAAGAAAAGCUUGCUAUUAGUGAAGAGAAACAAGCCCAGCUUCUUUUGGCAAACAGUAAUCUGGAAGAACAAUGUCAAAUGUUGAAUCUCAAGUGCUCUGAAAUAAUGAAAGAGUUGCAGCAUAAAAAAACAGAGCUUAAUAUGCUCAUUUCAAACAAAAAUAAAGAAAUUUUGCUAAAAGAUGAACAGAUUUCUCAGUUAAAAAAAAAAAUGUCGGAUUUAUUUAAUAAUCUUGAUGAUAAAUCUUCUAAAAAAGAAAAAACUUCUGAACAACGUCAGAAUUAUGAACAGGGAACGUUGAAAGAACUUACAGAAUUAAGGGAUAAGUGUCAGUACCUACAAAAUGCUUUGUGGCAGCAUGGGCAAUGCAAAAUUGUUUUAGAAAAUGAGCUUCAUAAUCUAAAAUUGCAUGUGAACUCUUCAAGGGAGACAUCAUAUGUCAAGGAAGCCAAUAAUGGAAAUAAAAAUGAUAUUGAUUUGCUACGACAACAGCUAGACAUAUAUGCAGAAGAUUUUAAGGCAGAAAAGGCUGAAAAAGAAAAACUUUUAGCCGAAAAUCAAUCUCUUAGAAAACAAUUAGUAGUACUAAAUGAGGAGAAAGAGCCUUUAAUGAGACAACUUCAAUAUUAUGAGGAAGAUUUUCGGAAAGAACGUGAUAAGCGUAUUGAACUUCUUCGAAAAAAUAACAUGUCCUCUGAACAGUCGAGUGCACAAUCGUCGUUUUCGUUAUGUCCUUCUUACUCUGAUGGAGAAGCUCAACGUAAGUGGAAAGAGUAUUGUUGUCUUGUUGUUGAAAAAGAAAACCUCACUGACCGGAUUAAUGAACUGGAGAACCAAGGAAUAACUCGAUACAAUGGAAGAGUUUCGGAUCAAAAUUCAAAUUACUCGAACACCUCCUUUCGGAGUAAAACUCCGAACCAUCCUCAACAAAAGUUGUUUCAACGAAGUCCGGAUCAAUACUACAGACCGGACGAUUGGCCGAAUAAUGUAUUCGGAAACCGGAUGGGAUCGGAAUCAAGUUUUGAUGCUCAUCACUAUUAUCCCUAAAUUUUUAAAAUUUGUUUUUCAAUUAUUUAAAAUAAUCGAGUUUUUAAAUUGGUGUUAAAAAUCGGUUAAUACAAAAUCAUCUAUUUUAUUAUCUUUAUUUUUUUAAUUUUAUUGUAAAGCUCUAAUUUCUUGACCUGUAAUAUAUUCUCAUUAUUUUUAUUUACAAUUAUUUUAUUGAAUGUAAAUAUUUUAUAGCUGCAUAUAAAUACAGAUGCAUAUGUA